GAGUCCCAGGACAUCUUGGAUCUCCCGUGAACUUUGCCACUCUUUUCGCGGCGCUGCUAGCCCAACUCGCACCUUGCACUUCCACACAAGAAAGCGUCCGCUGAGAGAGCGCCUUACGCCCACGUCGGACUACGGUGGACAGACACGGCAUCUCCGCAGCACUCCCCACCAAUGGAGGACGUCAUCAAGAAGACCCAGAGUGAGCUAGGGGCUGUUAUUCAGGCCCCCAAGCUCACCGAGAAGCUCCUCAGUCGCCCUCCCUUCCGCUUCAUCCACGACAUCGUGUUGGCGGUGCUGAAGGCUGGCAGCUUUCCCGAGCACCUCUUCUCGGACGAUCAACUCGACAGCGCGAAGGUGUCCGACAAAAAGGCGAAGUUAGCCUUUCUAGAGCUGCUCAUCGCCGUAGUGGGCGCGGGAACCGGCAAGCCAGUGUCGGCGCGCGCCGCGAAGAUCGCGGCCGGCGAGGAGCCCGAGAAAACGAAUGAACUCCUGCAGGACCUCGCCGCCUGUGCCGGGCUUUCCGCAGCGAAGAAGCAGGCUGCCGUCCAGAAGGUGAAAGGCGGCGGGGCGGAGCCACUGGCAGCACCGGUGGCACCGGCGGCACCGGCACCAACCGCAAAGGCCCCUGCCUCACCCAAACCGGCGGCCAACGCGCCGGCGCAGGAGAGCGAAGAGGAGCGGCAGAAGCGCCACGAGGAGGAGCGCCGUCGGCGCCACGAGGAGAAGAAGCGGGAGAAGGAAAAGGAGAAGGAAAAGGCCGCCAAAGCAGCGGCAGCAGCGGAGGCCGCGCCGGCCGUCGGCGGUGAUGAGGCCGCGAAGGACGCCGAUGCGGAGCGGCGACAGCGGCGAGAGGAGAAGAAGCGGGAGAGGGACACCGCCGGUGCCGUGGCGGCCGCAGCGGAGGCCUCUGCCUCUUCCGCGGAGUCUCCUUCCGCAGCGGCGGCGGCAGCGGCAGCAGGCGGGAACACGACGACCAGUGCGCGCAAGGCCCCACCGCGCACGAAGCCGACCCACGAGGUCAUCGAGGCGCAGCGGGCGGCGGACGCCACGCCGGCGGCGGGGGUCAUCCGUGAGGGAAAAAAAACGCAGCGGCGACCGCACCGCCGGCAGCGACGGCGACGACGACGACGACGCGCAGGACUGGCAGAAGGUGGCGGCGCAGUACGCGGCGAAGCCGGCGGUGCGCACCGCGGCGGUCGCCGAGGAUGCCGAGGUGAAGGGGCUGCUCGGGCAGCAGGCGCUGAAGGCGAAGCGCGAGCAGGAGGCGGCGGCGCGUGGGGUGACCGGCGACGACGGCGGCAGCGGCGCCGCGUCGGCAGCGGCCGCGUCACCGACGCACGACGGUAUCGUGAUCCACAACAGCCGCAGCACCGUCUCCCGCGGUGGCGGCUCGCACGCGCUGAGCGACAGCGAUUUGAAUCAACUGCGGGAGCAGCUGCAAAUGCUGACCAAGGCGUCGAACCCGCUCGGUAA